GUGUCAUCCAUUCAGUUGAGAUACGCAGUGAAAGGAACUCGGACACAAGUAACAAUCAGACGAGAGUCAACCAGGAAGUGACGUAACGUUCUGCUGAUACCUGAGUCGUACACCGCAACACUGUUUUGUUUUGUUUUUAAAAAAUGUCAGUUACGUGCUUAAAAAAAAAAACUUGUGACAAUUUUCAUUUGUGAGUUUACAGACCGAUAUUGAUGUUCAGUGUAAUGGAUUUUAGUUUAUACAAUUCUUAACACUGCCUUUCUGAUACCGUUUUGAAUUAUGGAUUGUUAAAUAAACACAUCGACAAUUGACACCAUGGAUUUUAUAGAAUCAUCAGUACAGUUCACGUGAAAGGAAUUGACACUGUCAUCUCAUCUAUGGAUGUCAAAUGCAGUUCUAUUUAAAUUUCUACUAGUUCCAUAGUCACACAAAAUAAUUUUUGGAUAAUAAUGUUUUUUUAAGGGAAAUUCAAGAUGAUCCAGAUAGCAACGAGAAGAACAUGUCUUGAGAAGUAGCAAGGAUAACGCAGUAAGUCAGAUGAUGACGCCAGGGACCUCCAGCAUGCUACGUGCUCGUCGACGCGAUGUCAACGUCAAACCAAACAGACGGUUGGAUCGCAAGUCGUCACGUGGUAUGCUCUACGAGAACGAGGAGCUCAGACUGAGAACCAUUAACAUCAACGCUGAGGUUGAGAGAGGCCAGAACGAUAUUAAGAAACUGCGUAGAGAGAACGAACAGUUGAGACGAGAAAUCUGGGGUCUGCGAGAGGAAUAUGACCGUCUAGAAGGGCUGCUGGGUAAGGCGAAACGUCGUGGGCAGCUCGGACACACAAGUCAGGACUCCGACUCCGAAAACGAGGAAAUGUGUGAAGACGAAGAUGAAGAAUACGACGAACAGGAGGAAGAUGACGACGAAUGCAGCAGUCAAUGCGAGCACUCAGCAGAUCUUGACAACGCAGAAAACCAGCAGAAAGCUUCAUCGUCUUCAAUAAGAACACCAGGACACAGUCGUCGUAACAGCCUACGAGUGGAAUUCGACGGACUCAGCAUAGUCGAUGAAGAGACGGAGACAGUUUCGAAUGACGUCACUCCGGUCGAAACUUGUGCAGAAAAUGGCGCAUCGGUUGUGCCCAGUGCGUCGAGGCAAGCUGACGUAAGUUUCGGUGGCGUCAAACAAGAAAGUGACAUCUGCCCGGAGAUUUUAAAUCUCAACCAAGUGGACGGUGCACGUUUUAACACUCCGAACGGUAGACACAGAAACGAUCAACAAUUCUUUGGUAAAAUAAAAUUGCCUAACGGAAAAGAAGGCGUCUUUAUGAGCGACGCGAUGUUACCAGACUCAGAUAACAUAUCAAGCGGUUUACCAGUUUAUGGUUGUAAUAACUUUAAAGGUAAUUCUUACGAACUGGGACCGAUCACUGGAUUCAAUCCAAACGAUUAUCACAUUUUGAACGAAAAUGUAUGGUCUAAGACUCCUGAGACAUUGUUAGGAGCUUCACAAAACGAACCUCAACCCCAAAGUCAUUACAACUACACGUUCACACCUGUGGAUUCAACGAUGUUGUCGAACGGAGCAUCUGCGCGAGACAAUAAUGCUUUUGAGACGACAAAUGAAUUUCCAGAUGCGAAUUCAUUGUCGAACGUUGAGACAUAUCGUGAUGCCAGAACAGAACAUGGAUAUUUAGAGCGAGGUGGAAAUUCAGUACUGCACGGAUUUGGUGUUAAUGACGAUACAUAUUUCGGAAUGGGUGAAAAUAUAGAAGAAACAAGGACAAUUAACACAGGAGACGAAAUAAUACCGGAUUAUUAUCACAAACGCGGUGGACCAGACCUCUUUAUAUCGGGAGCUUAUCCAGUUACCAGGUCUCCUGGUUCUUUUCCUGUCGGUGUAAAUUUAGAUCAGUUACUGAAACAAAUGAACAACAGGGAGAGUGAAAAUGUUUCAACAGUUGCUGUAACGGAGGCAACUGGUUCCGGAACUUCAGUCGCCAAGCCGGAAAGCGACGACAAGGAAAUUCCUCAGGAGGACGGCACCGAAAAAGCACAGGAAGUCAUCGAUGCCUUGGAAACACAGAUAGACUCCAAGCUAGAUGACGCUGUUUGUGGGGUACGCGUGGCUAACGGUAAUUGCUACGUGUGUCUGGCGAAGGAAGACAACGUCGGGGCCCUCUUGCAGACUGGACUGACGAUUCGAGGCGCCAAGAUCAACCUGGAGGACGUGUCCCGCGACUCCUUAAUAAUAGCCUUGUCCGGUGUAUCACAUGAUGUGCCGGACAUAACCGUGGCCAGGGCAAUUUCCAACUAUGGAACCGUCAUUGGUGAUGUGGAACGGAGAUUUUACAAAGGAGUGGAUACCGGCGAGAGAUUCAUCAGAAUGAAGCCGGCUGACGCAGAUAUAAAAGACGUUCCAUCCGUCUUGAAUCUAGCUGGAUCAAAAGCUACUCUGAGGAUUAUGAAACCAGACGAAAUAAAAGAACUGGCAUCUGCCUGCGUUCCAGAAAGCGCUGGCGUCUCCGCAGGCACAGAUAAUGAUAAGACGUCAAACGCACCAAAAACACGUGCCCAAAAUGGCGAAAAUACUACCAAGUUACUGGACAGCUUUACAACUGACAGGUACCGCUCACAACUCAAUGUUCGUCUGAGGCAGCCAAAUAUGAAAACAAACAGGUCGCUAGAAAAUAUUUUCGACAGCGUGUCUGACAGAGCUCAGCACAAUACGUCUCUGCCGAUUAUAGGAACAUGUGAUUCUACGUCUACAAAAUUAUCUUCUCUAAAAAUGUCUUCCGAAAACACGCUAUCAGAAACACAGUUCAAGAAGACUUCAUCUGAAAGGCUUUUCGAUUUUGGCAGACAGAAAACUGCAUUAUCCCCAAAAUUCCCACACCCUCAACAGUUAGAUGCAUUACAUGCCCUGUCCGCACCUCAACUCGAAGCAAUCCCCAAGAGAAUAAUCACAGAAAAUUCCAAAGAACCUCAACUUACCUCAUCUGUUCAAGAAAACAAAAUUACAAAACCACAUUCUCCUAAAGAAACCCAGUCAUCUCCAGAAAUUUCAAACCAUACGCCAAACAUUUUCUCGAAGCUUCCAAAUCGAAAAUCAAAAUGCCAUAACGCUCCGUUUCUCAGUACCACAGAUGAAUCUACAGAUUCUGCAGACUUCCAUUCAAAAUCAUCACCAUCAUCCCAAUUACAAAGCAAUCCUUUCGUGGGAAAUUUCCGAACAUCAUCACCAAAUAACACAUCGCCAUACGGUUACCCUCGGACACCAUUUACACCAGUGCAUGCCAACCCCUUCAUAUCAAAUAUUCCGAACGCAAAUCAUACCCUUAUCUAUCAAGACUUCAUUCCUCACAAUGAACAGAGCGUUCACUGUUACAAUACACCAAAUUUACCUCAGUAUCAAGGAAUAAAAAUUCUCGAACCUGACUUCACAAUCUUACCUUCACCUGAUAAUCAACAAUUUUUCCUUCAACAAGGAACACGUAAUUCUAGAGCAUGCAGCCCUUAUUCCCACACAAACGCGUCAUAUACACAAAGUUCUCAGCCAACAAACAUUACGUUUAAUGAAUUAACGUAUGUGCCAAAUUCAUCCAGUGCUCCUUUUCCAGGAACGUCGAACUCUUUACCAACUACCAUCGCACCUUUCUCAACAAAUCAAUCAGCAACUUCCUCAGGAGCUAACAACGCAUCCAGUUUACCACAAAAUAAUAAUACGCACUCACAUCCCAGUUAUUCGCCUAAUAAUCCGUUGUCUAUUAACGAGUCUCACGUGCCUACACCAAAAACUUCUGUGCCGAGCAACGCACCUUUCAUGACCUAUGUUCCUGGUAACACAUCCGUUGUACUUCCAUCUGGUAGGCCCACUUCCGGUAGCGUAGAAUACUUUCCAAUAUCAUCCGAUAUCCCUGGCAAUACACUCCUUGUAAACGUCUCUUCAGCGCAAUCGGCAAACCUCUCAGUGCCAAAUACUUCGUCUUCAAACACGACAAAUAUCCCAACGUCUCAAGAUAAUUUAAAUCCGUCUCAAAUUUUACAAUACUCUGUAAACGAAGGAAAUAACCCGAUCCAAGGUCAGAGUGACGUAACAGAAAACACACUAGAAGUUCCCAGAACACAAACCACUAGUGCGCCACCUUCCCCAGUAAUGACCCAAAAAGAGACAUCUCAACCAAAAAUAUCGAGAAAGUCCAGCAUCUUACCCCGUCAACAGAGUAAAUCUAGCGGUGACGAAGGACCCAAUCUUAGUCCACCGACGGCACACGUUGGUGCAGCUGCACCGACAGCAUCGCCAGGAACUGCUAGGAGAAAAGCUUCGAGGAAGAUGAGCUGUACCAAUUCCACGGGGAGUCACCACAACGUCGAAAAUACCAUCAACGAGAGCUCAGUAGGACCUUCAGGACCUAAUGCUACGUCCUCACCCAAUACCAAACACAGAGGAUCAGUAAUGCAUCACAGGAAGACGAGUUCUGCGGUCAGCGGUGGCGCUGAUGUACAAGGUGGCGGCCACGCGAACGUCAUAGACGUCAGCAGAUCCUCAAGCUCAGGUCAGGACUCGCCGACAAAACCCGACAGGAGACGAAGAGUGUCGAUUUACUUCAACAAUAAGAAAGGUGCUGGGAAAAGACGUGAUUCAUCUUUCGUGCCAAAUGGAAGUAACGUUCCUGGAGGUGGGAUUCUGUCUCGUAGUUUAUCUCUGCAGCAAACUAACCAUUACACCGGAGGGUCUACGUCAGACAUCGCCGCAGGUCACUGCGUCGGCGCAGAAGCAGCCACAAACAGCGAACGCGAGAGGACAAACAGCAUCAGUAGCAGAACGAGUAGUGCUACUGGAGUCACCGGAAGUAACAGGAUGAGGAAACACAGCGUUUGCAGUACACGUGGAGUCGUUACAAGUGAAAGUGGCAAAGUUCCUUGGUGUGGAUGUUGGGGAAAUGGUUGUAUCUGAUUAUUAACAAAACAAUUCUUUUUUUCCAUCUGACUUAACAUAAUUUGUUGAAUGUUCUCCAAACGUAAAUGUGAAUAACAGACUCAAAUCUUUGAUACUAGUACGCUAAUAUUUUGUAUCUGCAGGUACACGUAUUGUUAAAAAAAAAUUUAAACUUUAUAUAUGUGUGUAUAUUGUAGAUAUAAUUAAAUAAUAAGCAAUAGCUAUAUUUGUAUAUAAGCAUUUGUCAUUGUCAUUAAUGGAACAACAACGUAUGCAUUUAAGAAGACACAACAUUAAAAUAAUGGUAUAUAUUAAUGUAAUUUAUGAUUUAUUUAUCUACCUGUUAUGUGAUAUUGUUUAUCUGUAUGAACAGUAAACAAUAUAAGCAUAUUUAAUAAAAGGAUAAAUUAUUC